GUGUGAGGCCGAGGUACCUCGAGCGUUUGUGCGCCGAGGCUCGCGCUCUUAGGAGGCGGCGCUGUGCUGUGGUGCGGACCUCGGGGCGGCGUUGUCCGCGCGGCCAGGCACCUGGAAGGGUGAAGGCGAGAGGCAGAUGACGACGCUGAACACAGGCUCCGCAAGAAUCUCCAUAAUGAAUGGAUCCAGUGUGGCAAGUACAUCACCCAGUGUGAAAUGCAAAGAAGACCAAGGAUUAAAUGGACAUGAGGAAAAGGAAAACCCAUUUGCAGAAUACAUGUGGAUGGAAAAUGAAGAGGAUUUCAACAGACAGGUGGAGGAAGAGCUACAGGAGCAAGACUUCUUGGACCGCUGCUUCCAGGAGAUGCUGGAUGAAGAGGACCAGGACUGGUUCAUCCCAGCACGAGACCUGCCUCAGGCUGUGGGGCACUUACAACAGCAGUUAAAUGGACUAUCAGUUGGUGACAGUCAUGAAUCUGAAGACAUUUUGAGCAAAAGUAACCUGAAUCCAGAUGCCAAGGAGUUUGUUCCAGGAGUGAAGUACUGAGCUGUUGGAAGCUUCCAGAAGGACUUGUCUUGUCCCCGUACCUGGGGCCAGCAAUGCACAAAAAGGGCGGAGCUGAAGGGGGGUGGCAAGGGUGUGCAGCCAGGGCGGGUUGGGUUGGGAAGGUGGUUUAACUGGAUAUUGUGACUCUGAGUAACUAAUGUGCGAGGUACAACUCUCCAAGCCUGAGCAUGGCUCUUCUGUUGUGCAGACUUGCUCAGAGCAGUUUCCAAUUUAUUUUAUUUUUGAUGAGCUCUUUGGAGUUAAGGAACUGCGAUUGUUUUUCCCUUGUAAGGAAUGUUGUCUGCAUUUUAGCAAAAUAAGCUGACCAAGGAAAACAGUAUUUAAGAAUAAUUUUCCCUGCUGUGUACCUACCAGCAGCAGGGUUCCUGGAGAACUUAAGGAGUUUGCAGCUGGGUGAUAAGGGGGAAAACAUGAGAUACAAACCAGAUAUAACAUGCAGCUCCCAUCCCCUGAUAUUUCCAUGAUGAACUGGGAUACCAGUGGCCCAUAAAGCUCUUGUCUCCUGUCCUGAACUCAGCUCAAGAGAACACAGAUUUGAAAGUUCUUGGAUGACUGUAACUUUGGAUGGAUGUGAGUUGUAUAUCAGAAAAGCAGGGCUUGAUGGUGAUUGUCAUUAGUGACUGCUAUCCUAUCAUUAGUAUGUAGCUAUUGUCACUCAUCAGGGUUGCUUUGCCUUCAUGAUCUUCAUGGGGGCUGCUUCUGGCUUCUUUCCCCCCUCAGCUCUAAAAGACACUAUUAGUCAAAGUCUGAGAUGGGCCUUCAGUUGUGUUAGUUACACCUUGAACCUUUUCUGGACAGUUUUGUUUUCCUAAGUCCCUUCAAUAUCUGAUUCUUAGGAUGUCUUAAUUCCCUUAUAUUUUCUGUGUUUCCAGACACUAACAAGCUGCUUAGUUUGGGUUUUUCUCAUGCCUUACAGAGUGAUUUCCAGAAACUAAGGUGCUGAGGGGUCCUGCCCGAGAGCACAACAAUCAGGCUUGCUAUGUACUUGAAGCUGUUAGUAGGUGUUACUGUUCCCACAGACCAGCUUUAGUGUCCUCAUGGUCCUGCCUAGGUGCACUCUUAGUUCUAGCUCUAACUCACUAGGGUUUUUGUUGGUGUUCUGUGGAACUGAACUGCACCAGAAGCUGCCGCUGUGAGUCGAGGUGAAGGUGGUAGUGUCUGAGGGUGAGAGAACAAGUGUCCUGUCCUGAUCGUACUCCGAGGACAAGGGUCUUGGGAGGACUGAUAGUGCUGUGGCUUCUGUGUGGCUAUCACUGUGGUGAAUGACAGGUCUGGAAAGAUCAUGCUGCUUCCAGCAGUCCAUCAGAUCAGUGUAUAGAUAUGGGCAGAGACUGGAAGGAGAGGACUGAGGUCUGGAAAGUUGAAAGUUUCCCUUUUUCAUAUGAACUGGUUUGCUGAGUUUCCAUUUUUUCUUGGUGCCAUGGAUAGAACCCAGAGUCUCACUUGUGCCAGGUUAGUCCUACCCUUGAGCUGUUCUCAACCCUCCCUUGAUUUGAACACAGCCCCAGCAGUUAAAGACAGAUGUCCCUCUUUUUCCUGUUUGAGUCAUCACAAGGAUGGCAUCUUGUGGAAGUGGCCUCCCUCUCAGGUCACAUCCUAGUGAGUAGCUCAGGGAACUUGUAUGGCCAGACACACACAUCAAUUCAAAGCCUCUCCAUCAAGAGAGAAUGAAACUAGGAACUCCUUCUGGAAUGACUUUAUUCCUGUUUAAGCUUUUAGCUUGGCUUGUCACCUCUAAUAAGGAGAGGAGGAGGGUAUGUGUAGGACAUUUAAAAAGAUUCUUUCUCUUGUAGUCUCCAUGAGGUCAGGCUGUAUCAGGAUUGCAGGAAGAUCCUUCAGAAUCUCUGUUUGCGUAGUGCACCUUCCUCUGAGCACCUAUGGAAAGCUUAUGCAAGCCUGAGGCAGCUUUGUUCCAUCCUUCAGUUUUGCUCUUUGGAAGCCAAGCUGCUAGGAAUGGUCCAAGAGGCCUGCCUCCCUCCCGCUGUGCUGGCUCAUUUUAUUUGGAUGUCAUUCUUUAUCCUGCUUUCAGGGGUGUAUGCUGUUGGGUAUACCUGGAAUCCAAGAGCUAGUGUGUUGAGUCAACCUCAGAGGCAGGGUGCUGACUGUAGGCUUGGGAUGCAGCCAGUGAACUGGCCCUUAGUAAUGUAUGGAAUGACUUAUUCCUGUGACCCAACUCUUUUACUAUCCAGUGUUGUGAGGAAGCACAAUUGUACCCGAGACUACAGACUUAGCCCCAAUUACAAAAAAGUUUUGGGUUGUUUUUUUUCCUUGGAAUUCUUAGAUUGCUGUGUAAAUUCUUAUACAGCAAUAGAAAGCAUUCUAAAUAGCUGCUAGUCUGCCUGGUCUCAGUAUUCAUUUAUUAGAGACUGAGUUCUGUGAUUAUUUGACCCUAUUAACUUUGGGGGGUGGGGAGGAAGGAAUUAUUCAUGAAUUUUGGACUACAUCAGAAAUCUGAGAUAUCCAAAGCCUUGGUACUGUAGCUCAGGGUCAGGGGCCAGUUUCUAUCUGUAGUGUACCUGACUUAUGGUUAUCAUAUAAACAAGCCAGGAGAUAUUCUAAGGAGAAGAUUGGGUCCUUUUUAUUGAACCCAGGACCUCACAUGUGUUAUGCAAGCACUACACCAAGCUGUACUCCAGGCCCGUGAAAGGUUGAGACUGGGUUAGCACUAUUUCCAAAGUCACAAGACCUAUGAUUGCUUCAUUAAGAUUGUAAGGUUAACCAUGGCUUAAAAAUAAAUGGUUUUGGUGAACUACUAAA